UUGGUUUGAGGCCACAGGCAGCGUAUAAAAGCGAGUGCACUUAGAUGACCUGCUUGUACAAGGCAAUCAUGGGCAAAGUACUGUUUGUGACGGCUCUGGCGCUGCUGCUGCACGCGCAGCUUGGCUCAUCCUUCAUACUGUCAUGCUACUUCACCAACUGGGCACAGUACAGACCCCCUCCAACCAUAUUCAUGCCCAACGACAUCGACCCAUGCCUGUGCACCCAUCUUCUGUAUGCCUUCGCCACCAUUAAGAACAACCAACUGGCCACCUACGAGUGGAACGAUGUGGAGCUUUACAGCCAGUUCAAUGCCCUAAAGAACGAAAACGGCAACCUGAAGACGCUGCUGUCUGUUGGAGGAUGGAACUUCGGCUCUACAGGAUUUUCGCAAAUGGUUUUGAGCCCCACCAACCGUCAGACUUUCAUCAACUCCGUCAUUUCGUUCCUGAGGAAGUAUGAGUUUGAUGGGCUGGACAUUGACUGGGAGUAUCCAGCCAACAGAGGAGGCGCCCCCCAGGACAAGCAGUACUACUCUGUUUUCCUGGAGGAGAUGAGAGCGGCCUUUGAGAGUGAGGCCAAGCAGAGCAACAAGGCUCGUCUUCUGAUGUCUGCUGCUGUGGCGGCUGGAAAGAGCAACAUUGAUUCUGCUUAUCAGAUUCCCCAGAUGGGCCAGGCCCUGGAUAUGAUCAACGUCAUGACAUAUGACUUCCAUGGCUCCUGGGAUCCCAUGACCGGUGAGUGCAGUCCCCUGUUUCGAAGCCCAGACGACCAGGGUGGUUUCAUUUAUUUCAAUGUGGACUAUGCCAUGAACUACUGGAAGAGCCAGGGAGCCCCGGCUGAGAAGCUCAUUGUUGGUUUCCCUACAUAUGGCAACACAUUCACUCUUAGGAACCCUGCUAACAAUGGUAUCGGAGCAUCCAUUGCCGGGGCUGGAACCCCUGGAAAAUACACCCAAGAGGCUGGAGAGCUCGCAUACUUUGAGAUCUGCGGCUUUUUGAAAGACGGAGCAACUGAGGUUUGGAACCAGGCCCAGGACGUGCCAUAUGCCUACAAGGGAAACCAGUGGGUGGGCUAUGACAACAUGAAGAGCUUCCAGAUCAAGGUUGACUGGCUGAUAAAGAGUAACUUUGGAGGCGCCAUGGUGUGGACCCUCGACAUGGACGACUACAUGGGCACUUUCUGUAACCAAGGAAAAUAUCCACUGAUUAAUGUUCUCAAAAAGGGCCUUAAUCUGGAACAAGCAUCCUGCGCCCCUCCCGCCACCCCCCUGCCCCCGAUCGCCGGUGUGAGCCCGGCAACCAGCGGCGGCUCCAGCGCCGGCUCCAGCGGCGGUAAAUCCUCCGGUGGGAACUCCGGCACCAAGGGCAUGGACAGCGGGUUCUGCGCUGGAAAGGCCAGUGGCAUGUACCCAAACCCAUCAAACAAGAACCAAUUCUACAACUGCAGCAACGGCAAGGCCUACUUUGAGAAUUGUGCCGCUGGUCUGGUCUUCGAUGCUUCCUGUUCUUGUUGUAACUGGGCCUAAAGCUGACGUUACAGAUUGACUGGUUAGCUG